AUGUUUCUCGCUUCCCUCCUAUUAGGCCUCUCGGCCUGUGCAUCUGCCUCACGGGGGCAUUCUCGGAACUCUACCUUCUACAACCCGAUCUUCCCCGGCUUCUACCCAGAUCCGAGCUGUAUCUAUGUUCCUGAGCAUGACCAUACCUUCUUCUGUGCCUCAUCAAGCUUCAAUGCCUUCCCUGGCAUCCCAAUCCACGCUAGCAAGGACUUGCAGAACUGGAAGUUGAUCGGCCAUGUGCUGAAUCGGAAGGAACAGCUUCCUCGCCUGGCUGAGACCAAUCGGUCGACUAGCGGCAUAUGGGCACCAACCCUGAGAUUCCAUGAUGAUACUUUCUGGCUGGUCACCACACUGGUGGAUGAUGACCGGCCCCAGGCGGAUUCUUCCAGAUGGGAUAACAUCAUCUUCAAGGCCAAGGACCCCUACGAUCCCGAGUCGUGGUCGAAUGCCGUCCACUUCAACUUCACCGGCUACGACACGGAACCCUUUUGGGAAGGAGGAAAGGCGUACAUUACUGGCGCUCAUGCUUGGCAGGUUGGUCCGUACAUCCAGCAGGCCGAGGUGGACCUUGACACGGGCGCAGUUGGUGAAUGGCGGAUCAUCUGGAACGGGACCGGCGGCAUGGCUCCGGAAGGGCCGCACAUAUACCGUAAAGACGGCUGGUAUUACUUGCUGGCUGCCGAAGGGGGCACCGGAGUGGAUCACAUGGUGACCAUGGCCCGGUCAAAGAAGCUAUCUGGGCCCUAUGAGUCUUAUUCCGGGAACCCAGUGUUGACCAAUGCCAACACGACGAGUUACUUCCAAACUGUUGGCCAUUCUGAUUUAUUCCACGACAGCAACGGAAAUUGGUGGGCGGUCGCCCUGUCCACCCGCUCCGGGCCCGGAUACCUCCAUUACCCCAUGGGCCGCGAGACCGUCAUGACCGCAGUCAGCUGGCCCGAGGGCGAAUGGCCAACAUUCACCCCCAUAUCCGGCAAGAUGAGCGGUUGGCCAAUGCCCCCCGAGCAAAAAGACAUUCGCGGCGUAGGCCCCUUCGUCACCCCCCCCACCACCUCGCCAUCCCUCCCCCAGGAAGAACACCUCACCUUCCCCCCGCACCACCCCCUCCCCGCGCACCUAACCCACUGGCGCUACCCCAUCGCCACCUCCUACACCGCCUCCCCGGCAGACCACCCCAACACGCUGCGCCUCACCCCCUCCCGCCUCAACCUGACGGCCCUCAACGGCAACUACGCGGGCCCCGCGGGCCAGACCUUCAUCGCGCGGCGCCAGCAGCACACGCUGUUUUCCUUCUCAGCGACGCUGCGGUUUAAUCCGGUUGUGGAGGGCGAGGAGGCGGGGGUGACGGCGUUUCUGACGCAGAAUCAUCAUUUGGAUUUGGGGGUUGUGCUGCUCCCCCUUGAUGGUGGGGGAGAGGGUGGUGGUGGUGCGGGGGAGCUGGUGCCGCAUGUGCGGUUCCGGGGGGAGUCGUACACGGCGGUGCCGGCGGCGGUGGCGUUCCCCGUGCCGGAGGGGUGGCGGGAUGGGGGGUUGGUGCUGGAGGUGAGGGCGUGUAAUGCGAGUCAUUAUGCUUUUGGGGUGGGGCCGGAGGGGCGGAGGGCGGAGAGGAGGGUGGUGAUGGAGGUUUCGAAUGAGGCGGUUAGUUGGGGGUUUACGGGGACAUUGCUGGGCAUAUAUGCCACAACCAAUGGCGGCAAUGGGUCGACGCCGGCGUACUUUUCGGAUUGGAGGUAUAAGCCGAUAGAGCAGUUUAGAGACUAA